AUGUAAAACCGUCCAAGCUCCAAACAUAGAUAUUAAUAAAUGUCUACUAUGGAUUCAAUCAAUCUUAAAGAGAAAUAAUUAUACCAAUCAAAUAGCAGCGUUUGUAAAUCAACUUAGCAUUUAUAAAAAUUCUAGAACUAUCUUAAGGUGCUAUCCUAAGACCUGAUUAAAUAUCAAAUUAAUAGCAAUAUGGUUAUUCUUAAAUUGACAAGAAAAUUGCUUAAUAAGCAGUCUCAUAUAGUAUAUUCAUAAUCAAAUAUUAGAUCCUAUUACUGGUGCCCCCCAAAUCAGAAAUCCAAUUAAUUAUCCAAUAGAGACAUAAUUAUAAAAAAAUACACCCUAUGGUAUCCAAUUACAUUUCAAUAACUAUACUACAACCGCAGGCCAAAUUGGAUCUGGAACAAAACCAAAUGAUACCUAAUUUGAAAAGAAUUUGAAUAAGUUUUUUGCAGCAGAUGAUCCAAAUCAGGUAUAAUCAUAAUCUCAUUUAAAAUCUAAUGAUGCUUAGCCUUUAUCAUCAAAUCCUUAAUUUUAAAAGAAUCUUGUUAAAUUUUUUGCAGCUGAUGAUCCCUUUUAACCUAAGAGAAAAAAUAAUUUAAGAUAGAGUAAUUCUAGAUCAAUAAAUUAAUAUUCAUAAUAAUUUAAUUCAUAAUAUCAAGAAUAAUUAUUAAAUAAUCAAUAAUUUAAAAAAAAUUUAACUAAAUUCUUUGCUGCAGAUGAUCCAACAUAAAUAAAAAAACAUCAUUCAUAAAAUAAUAAUCCUAAUCCUAGUCAAUAGAGAUAUCAACCAUUAAAUGAUCCUCUUCUUGAUUCCAGAUAAGUUUAUUAUCAAAAUUCUAAUAAAAAUUUUGCUGGUGAUGAUCCCUCUUAAUAAAAAAUAUAGAUUUCUUAAUAAUCUUAAUAAUAAUAAUAAAUCAAUUCUAUUGAGUAAAAUAUACUCUAAAGAUUAGAAUAAGAUCCAAGAUUCUAAAAAAAUCUUUAGCAAUUUUUUGGAAUUGAUGCUGAAUUUCAACAAAAUUAGAAUAUCUAAUAGACGUAAAUAAUUUUCUUAUUAUUCUAGAAGAAAUUAAUAUACCAGACGAUAAGAAAAUAUUAAACAAUCCAGAAUAAUAACAAUUACUGAUAGCAGUGCUGCAGCGAGAAAUCAAGUAGUUGGUUUCUUUAAAGCAAGAGGUGUUGAUGAUUUUGAUUAAUUUGCAAUUCCUGGAGGAGUGUUUGGGUUAAUAAAUAAUCCUGUUUAAGAGAACAGUUUAAUAUAUUACAUAAAUACUAUGAGAGGUGCUUAUCACAUUAAGGAAAUUUAUAUUAUUUCUGUUCUUGAUCAAAAUAGUGUAUAUUAUAUAAUCAUUAUUAAAUAGAAUGUAAAAAUAUAUACGACUUCAAAUGAUAAAAGAUUACAUUAGAAUGCAAUCUAUGAAUUAAAGAGUCUUUUGGAAAAUAAACAUAAUAUUAGAGAGAAAUUUCAUGGAAUAAUAAUAGAUUAAAGAGGAUCAUCAGAAAAAGUAUUUUGA